AUGACAGCCUCCGUGCUCCUCCACCCCCGCUGGAUCGAGCCCGUCAUGUUCCUCUACGACAACAGCCUGGAUGAGAUCAAUAAGAACAUGGACGGGUUUCACGCGGGCAGCAACUUCGCGGCGGCGGCGGCGGCCGCCAACCCGUGCCGCAACCUCAUGGCUCAUCCCGCGCCCCUCGCCGCCCCCAGCGCCGCCGCCUACACGUCGAGCGAGGCCCCGGCGGCCGGCAUGGCCGAGCCCGCUGUCAAGCAGUGCAGCCCCUGCUCGGCCGCCGUGCAGAGCUCCUCGGGCGCCGCGCUGCCCUACGGCUACUUCGGCAGCGGCUACUACCCGUGCCGCAUGACCCACCACAACGCCAUCAAGUCGUGCGCCCAGCCSGCCUCCUCCUUCGCCGACAAGUACAUGGACACGUCGGUCUCCGGCGAGGACUUCACGUCACGGGCCAAGGAGUUCGCCUUCUACCAGGGCUACGCUGCCGGGCCCUACCAGCCCGUGCCCGGCUACCUGGACAUGCCCGUGGUGCCCACCAUCGGCGGCCCCGGCGAGCCGAGGCACGACCCUCUGCUCCCCAUGGACAGCUACCAGCCCUGGGCCAUCACCAACGGGUGGAACGGGCAAGUGUAUUGCCCCAAGGAGCAGAGCCAGCCGCCGCACCUCUGGAAAUCCGCCCUCCCGGACGUCGUUUCGCAUCCCUCCGAUGCGAACUCUUACCGCCGAGGGAGAAAGAAGCGGGUACCUUACACCAAGGUCCAGUUAAAAGAACUCGAAAGGGAAUACGCUACAAAUAAAUUCAUAACCAAAGACAAACGAAGAAGGAUAUCGGCAACGACAAAUCUGUCAGAGAGACAGGUCACAAUCUGGUUCCAAAACAGAAGGGUCAAAGAGAAAAAAGUUAUCAACAAAUUGAAGACUACCAGUUAAUGGAUUAAAAUGGAGAAGCAGCAACUCACCAGUUUCAGGACUUUUU